AUGAAAGCGGAACCAUCACUUUGUAACCGAAAUUACGACUGUCCUAUAUCAAAACCCAAUCAAUUUACACUGUGUCCGCCAAGUGAAUGUGCCUCUGUACUACGGAUUAUACAUUACAAGCUUUGUAUACAAUUUUGUCUGCAACACGUGAUGCUAAACCGGCAUUGUAUAUCGCGUCAAACGGACCGGGCGCAGAUACAACCUGCGCGCUGGGCCUAUACGGACAAUACAAUUCUGCUUCAGACACAGUAUUGCAACAUUUCUUUCUGUGGCAGGGAUUGUUUGUCCUGCAUUUCCUGUGCUUCAUUUUACACUAUGUUGUUAUAA